UCUCAUUCUCUCAGCAUUUAUUGGUAUUAAUUGAUUUGUAGAAACAGCUCUUCAAAAUGAUUAAGGGUCCUUUUAAGACACAGAAAAUAUGGAUAAGAGAAAAUAAUCAUUAAGGAGCUAAACAAGGGAGUCAUUUAAGUAGCCAAAAUUGAGAUUAACUUAUUCAUCUAUCUUCUUCGCAAAGUUACUUCCUUUUCAUAUGUAAGCUGGUAAAUUUUAACUGAGUUAAUGUUUCUAAAGAAGUGUGGGAGCCAGUUAUUAGAAGGAAAAUCAAAGUUGGGAACUUACUAAUUGAUGGCACAAACUGAAUCAAAGUUGAAGGCUUUAACAACAUUUGUGGUUGCUGUGAUUGUUUUUGUCGUUCUAUCUUCCAAUGUUUUUGCGUCUGCAGAGCAGAUUUCAGAUAGAAUCACUCUGAGUAAUAAUGGAACAACUCAUGACUUUGAAUCAGGUUAUGUAUUCAACCUAUUCAAUAUUCUGAGGCUAAAGGCUGAAAUGCAUUACCAUCAUGUUUGGCCAGAACUGCAAGUUGGGUGGAGAGUAAUUGUUGGUUCAAUAAUUGGAUUCUUCGCUGCUGCUUUAGGGAGUGCAGGAGGAGUAGGGGGAGGUGGUAUCUUUGUUCCCAUGCUUACUUUAAUUAUCGGAUUUGAUCCAAAGACAUCAACUGCAAUAUCGAAAUGUAUGAUCACUGGUGCAGCGGGUGCAACUGUCUACUACAACUUAAAGCUGCGGCAUCCAACAAUGGACAUGUCUAUUAUUGAUUACAAUCUAGCUCUUCUUUUCCAACCAAUGUUGUUGCUAGGUAUCAGUAUCGGAGUUGUUCUAAACGUACUUUUUGCAGAGUGGAUGCUUACAGUCUUAUUGAUCAUCCUUUUCAUAGUGGCAUCAACUAAGGCAUUUUCCAAAGGUGUUGAGACGUGGAAAAGAGAAACGAUAAUAAAGGAGGAAGUUGCUGGACGCUUGGCAUCUGGUGGUGCUGAUGGUGAGGAAGUAAUAUACAAACUUCUACCUGAGGGUCCAGAUAAUCGAUCUAGAGUUGAAAAAAAAGUUUAUAAGGCAUCAGAGAUGCCAAUUAUUGACAAUGUAUACUGGAAGGAUAUCACCACACUUAUUGCUGUCUGGGUCGUUAUCCUUGUUCUGCAUAUAUCCAAGAAUUAUUCAUCAACUUGUUCCGUGGCAUAUUGGAUCUUAAACCUCUUACAGGUUCCUGUUGCUGUAGGAGCUGCUGUAUAUCAAGCAGUUUGCUUGUACAAUGGAUCAAGGGUUAUCAUGUCAAGCAGAGAUGCCGUAAUAAUCUGGAAAGUGCAUCAGUUGAUUCUUUGCUGUUGCUGUGGCAUUUUGGCUGGUAUAGUUGGUGGAUUGCUUGGUCUUGGUGGAGGAUUCAUUUUGGGACCAUUGCUUCUAGAGCAAGGCAUUCCUCCCCAGGUAUCAAGUGCCACUGCAACCUUUGUUAUGACAUUUUCCUCCUCCAUGUCCGUCAUACAAUAUUACCUACUAAGACGCUUUCCAAUACCAUAUGCCCUAUAUUUUGUUGCUGUAACCACUAUUGCGGCCUUUGUAGGACAGAAUGUUGUAAGGAAAAUAAUUAGCAUUGUGGGCAGAGCAUCUGUCAUUAUCUUUGUAUUGGCCUUCACAAUCUUUGUGAGCGCCCUCUCAUUAGGUGGUGUUGGCAUAUUAGACACGAUUAAAAAAGUCGAGGAAGGGCAGCAUAUAGGAUUCGACAACAUCUGUGCAUACAAUUCUUAAGCAAAGCAUUCAUGUUCUAAUUUGCACUUUCUGUAUUUUUUAGUGGGCGUUUGGACAUAAGAAUUGUAAAAUUCCAAAAAAGAUAGAAUUUUUUUUUCAAGUGAAA